CCCCAGACACACACGUGGGGAUCUGCGUCACGCAGUCGCGUGGGAGUGAGAGAUGUAGCGAGGGAGGAGCAGCCCAACAGUAGGGGAGUUGGGUGGAACGUAUAGUUAGCAGGUCCUUUAUUCUAAACCUCUAUUUCACGUACUCAUAAUUUGUUUUCUCGCCGUGAGAGAACGGAGAAGUGAAGAACGGAACGAGACGUUGGAUGAGCGGCGUGAAGAGUUCUGCAGGUAUGGCGGCGGUGUUACCCAGGACCCUUGGGGAGCUCCAGCUCUACAGGAUCCUCCAGAGGGCCAACCUGCUGUCUUACUACGGGGCCUUCAUCCAGCAGGGUGGCGACGACGUGCAGCAGCUGUGUGAGGCGGCCGAGGAGGAGUUCCUGGAGAUCAUGGCCCUGGUGGGCAUGGCCAGCAAGCCCCUCCAUGUUAGGAGGCUCCAGAAGGCCCUGCGAGACUGGGUCACCAACCCGGCCCUGUUCAACCAGCCCCUGGCCUCUCUCCCUGUCUGCAGCAUCCCCGUCUACAAGCUGGAAGCUAACGGUAAUUCUAAGGCUAGCGCCCACGUCACGGUGCCCACUCUCUCACUGGCGGCGGAAUGUGUGGGUGUGUCAGGGGUGGGGGGCGAGGGACGAGGAUGUACGGCCUCUGGGUCUCCAGUGCAGAUUGGCAGCGAACCUCGUUUCUGGGGCUCCUUGUCCUCUCGCGGCGGGGAAGGGGGAGCGGAGAGCGAGCGAAGCAUGUCCCCUGCUGAGAUGACCCUGGGUCUGGGUUCUCCCUCGCCGCCAUCCCCCCGCGGCGAGGAGGUACUGGAUGCCGCGGCGUUGAGGUCGCUGGCAGAGUGUGUGGAGCGGCUGGCCCAGGCGCUGCCCCGGAGCGACCCGUCCGAGGUGAAGGAGGGGCUGCGGGGUAACAAGAAGCUGUCCAAGGUGAUCUGCCACAUCCUGGACAUGGAGGAGGAGGACCCGAGGAGGGAAGAAGAGAUACGCAAGUACAGCGCAAUCUACGGACGCUUUGACUCCAAGAGGAAGGAUGGCAAGCACUUCACACUUCACGAGCUGACAGUGAAUGAGGCAGCAGCUCGGUUGUGUAUGAAGGAGGUCUCCCUGCUGACCAGGAGAGAAGAGUUGUUUGGUCUGGCUAGACAGGUCUCUCGCGAGGUCACCUACAAGUACACCUACAGGACUAGCAAGUCUCGAUGUUGUGACAGAGAUGAUCCUUCUCACAAGAUGAUCAAAACAGAGGAGGGCUUCUUCGACCUCCAGGAAGCCCUGCAGUCAAUCCACAUGAGAAGGGUGGCCCUGAGAGAGCAGCUGGCCACAGCCAAGUCUAAAGGAGAGGAGACUAUGGGGCGCUGCAUCCAGCUGCAGCUGGAGCGUCUGCUGACCAGACAGAUGGAGAUCCAUCACGAAGCGCAGGCCCAGGACAGACUGCAGGCCCAGGACAGACUGCAGGCCCAGGACAGACUGCAGGCCCAGGACAGACUGCAGGCCCAGGACAGACUGCAGGCCCAGGACAGACUGCAGGCCCAGGACAGACUGCAGGCCCAGGACAGACUGCAGGCCCAGGACAGACUGCAGGCUCUGGAGUGGAAGGUCCCUCUGGGGGCCUUCAGGUUGAAUCACAACACUAACCCAGAACACCGUCACCAUGUCAACAGAGUCUCCACUGAUAGCACCAGUCUACCGCCAGGGGAGAGGCCACUGAACCUGCAGGUGGAUGGUCAAAAGUCGAAUGGAGACACACCCCUGGGGAAACAACUAGCCAAUGAGCUGAAGAGGCAUCACGGCAAAAGGGAGGGAAAGACCCCGACCACGAGUCACCAUAGCAAUGUCAAGUGCAAAACUCUGACCAUAGAAAAUGGGAACGGGGCUGACUUCUCCCAAGGGGCUCUCAGCCUUUCUGACAAGAAGACCAUCAAAUCAUAGCCGGAGGAUUCCAGAUAGCACCUCUCCUCCUCCUCUUCCUCCUUGCGCAUCCCUCUUUCACAACACAGUCGUCGUUGGGCAAUACUAAACAAGCACAGCUGCAUUAGAGCCUUAACAACCAAUGUUGCCUCAAGAUAAGGGAUUUUACAUGUAGUUUAUUUUUUGCCAAAGCACCUAGAGAGCCUUUAUUUCUCCCAUGUUUUGUAUUUUCACUGACUGUGUUGAUUCCCCCUCCCUUCCCUACUCUACCGUUCUCCUUUCUUGCUUUCAAGACUGACGGCGAGGGGUCUGUAGAUGUAUUUGUACAUACAGAAUUCUGACACUGAAAAGUGUUUAUUUGUCGUUGAUGUCAUUUAAAUAUGUGCUGUGUAAAAUUAGGACGUCAGUUACCAGGACAACACUAGAAGUUCCACCGACUUUGAGUCAACCAGGAUUUGGCUCAGAAAAGUCUUAUUUAUGUUGACAAAGUGCCGGGUUACCAUGGUGUUACCAUGGUGUUACCAUGAGUUGACUCAUCCAAGGUUCUAAUGGUGAUUAAAAAAAAACUUAGAGGCUUUCAUUUAUGACACCAACUUAAAUAUUUAUUACAAUUCAGUGAGAGCCUUCAUUUGGAAUUUACAUAUGGGACGACAACAACAUUUACAUUUUUACCUUUAUUUAACUUGGCAAGUCAGUUAAGAACAAAUUCUUACGUUCAAUGAUGGCCUAGGAACAGUGGGUUAACUGCCUUGUUCAGGGGCAGAACGACAAAUUUUUACCUUGUCAGCUCGGGGUUUUGAUCUUGCAACUUUUCGGUUACUAGUCCAACGCUCUAACCACUAGGAUACCCUGCCACCCCAACAUAUGAGACGACAACAACAUAUGGGGGGACAACAUAUGGGAUGGCAAAAUAUUUGGACGACAACAUAUGGGAUGACAACCUAUGGGACAACAAAGUACCAUAUUUGUAUAUUAUUGCAAGACAGUUUUCUGUGAUAACAUCGGGUGUGUAUGAUAGCCAUCAAGAAUAAGCACAAGUAGGGAUUUUCAUGACAAGGGCCUCAGAGGCCAUAUAAAUGGAGACGUUGACGUACUCUGUCUUACUAAACGGAAGGGAAAUCCUAGAAGUAGUAGAGUCUGAACUACAAAACAGUAAUAACAGGGUUUUAUAUCCCACCUUCUCACUUUAACUAGUACAAAACCAAGUGUGUAUAAGUAGAGCAACACCGACAAUGUGUUGUUGAGAAACCCAGUGUCAAUGUCUCGUUUUCCCAGUUGUGGGGAUCGUGGUCACUGUGCAGUAGUUCUAUUUCCUGUUGACUAGCGUUAGCCAUAGUCUUAGUUCCCCUCAAGAUGACCUCGAACAGAUACAGUUGAAGUCAGAAGUUUACAUACACUUAGGUUGGAGUCAUUAAAACGUGUUUAUCAACCACUCCACAAAUUUCUUGUUAACAAACUAUAGUUUUGGCAAGUCGGUUAGGACUUCUACUUUGUGCAUGACACAAGUAAUUUUUCCAACAAUUGUUUACAGACAGAUUAUUUCACUUAUAAUUCACUGUAUCAGAAUUCCAGUGGGUCAGAAGUUUACAUGCACUAAGUUGACUGUACCUUUAAACAGCUUGGAAAAUUCCAGAAAAUGAUGUGAUGGCUUUAGAAGCUUCUGAUAGGCUAAUUUGAGUCAAUUGGAGGUGUACCUGUGGAUAUAUUUCAAGGACUACCUUCAAACUCAGUGCCUCUUUGCUUGACAUCAUGGGAAAAUCAAAAGAAAUCAGCCAAACCAACCAAAAAUAGUUGACCUCCACUCAUCAGGUUCAUCCUUGUGAGCAAUUUCCAAAUGCCUGAAGGUACCACGUUCAUCUGUACAAACAACGGUAUGCAAGUAUAAACACCAUGGAACCACGCAGCCGUCAUACCGCUCAGGAAGGAGACUCCUAGAGAUGAACGUUCUUUUUGUGCGAAAAGUGCAAAUCAAUCCCAGAACAACAGCAAAGGACCUUGUGAAGAUGCUGGAGAAAACCGGUACAAAAGUAUCUAUAUCCACAGUAAAACGAGUCCUAUAUCGACAUAACCUGAAAGGGUGCUCAGCAAGGAAGAAGCAACUGCUCCAAGACCGGCAUAAAAAAGCCAGACUACGAUUUGCAACUGCACAUGGGGACAAAGAUCAUACUUUUUGGAGAAAUGUCCUCUGGUUGGGCUGAUGGAACAAAAAUAGAACUGUUUGGCCAUAAUGACCAUUGUUAUGUUUGGGGGAAAAAGGGGGAGACUUGCAAGCUGAGGAACACCAUUCCAACCGUGAAGCACGGGGGUGGCAGCAUCAUGUUGUGGAGGUGCUUUUCUGCAGGAGGGACUGGUGCACUUCACAAAAUAGAUGGCAUUAUGAGGAAGGGAUGUAGAUAUAUUGAAGCAACAUCUCAAGACAUCAGUCAGGAAGUUAAAGCUUGGUCGCAAAUGGGUCUUCCAAAUGGACGUUGACCCCAAGCAUACUUCCACAGUUGUGGCAAAAUUGCUUAAGGACAACAAAGUCAAGGUCUUGGAGUGGCCAUCACAAUGCCCUGACCUCAACAGAAAAUGUGUGGACAGGAAUGAAAAAGCACGUGAGUGCAAGGUGGCCUACAAACCUGACUCAGUUCCACCAGCUCUGUCAGGAAGAAUGGGCCAAAAUUCACCCAACUUAUUGUGGGAAGCUUGUGGGUGGCUACCCGAAACGUUUGACCAAAGUUAAACAAUUUUAAAGGCAAUGCUACCAAAUCUUAAUUCAGUGUAUGUAAACUUCUGUGAUGAAAGAAAUAAAAGCUGAAAUAAAUCAUUAUCUCUACUAUUAUUCUGACAUUUCACAUUCUUAAAAGAAAGUGAGGAUCCUGACUGACCUAAAACAGGGAAUUUUUACUGGGAUUAAAUGUCAGGAAUUGUGAAAUGUAGUUGGCUACGGUGUAUGUAAACGUCCCACUUCAACUGUAUGUAGUACUGCUUGAUACAAAAAUGCAUCGUCAUGUUUUUAGAUUCUCCAUCCAAAGUAUUUAUUUUAUACUUUUAUUUAUUUUAUUAUCAUAUUCUCCCAUGAAUGACUAUGAUGUACAUGUUACUUUAUAGAACGCUUCAGUAAUGUAUUCAAUUACAUGAGUCCCUGGGAUACUAUCUUAAUGUCACUUUUAGAUCAAGAAGUUUAACAAAAAAAGUUUCUGUCUCAAAUUCAUAAUUCGGUAUUGUACCUAGUUAAGCUGUCUCACUAACUGUAUUGAUGUUUAGAAAGAUUACCUCUUCUUUCAGUUACAUUCAUACAUUCUGUUAUCCAUUUUCAUGCAAUAGUUAGUGACAGUGCACAAAAAAAUAAACGUUUAAAUUAUUUUCCACUUCGCCUAAAUUGGAGUGCCUGUACAGUAACAUGCUAUAAAUGACAUCAGAGCUCAGUGCCUGUACAGUAACAUGCUAUAAAUGACAUCAGAGCUCAGUGCCUGUACAGUAACAUGCUAUAAAUGACAUCAGAGCUCAGUGCCUGUAUAGUAAGUAACAUGCUAUAAAUGACAGAGCUCAGGCUCUGUGCUUCACAGCUCUGUAUGGGUUCAGCUGAUCUGAACUUGAGCACCACAUGCAACAAGAAGUUGCCCCCAUCCCUCCCGCCAGUGGGAAACUUUUGCAAAUGUUAUGUUGUCUAAGGGAAGUGCUGUAAAUUAAGAUGACUGGAUGUACUAUGAAAGAUGAGACUUCGAGGAUUCUAAUAAAUAUCUAUUUGAUGUCAGAAAAGCAAGUCAAACACCUUUGAGUCCAAAUGUGCACUUCACAUUUCCAUUUCACAACUCAUGUCAUAUACAGUGUCAAUGUUUAUGAUCUCUAUGUUUGAUGUACAGCUGCAAGGCGACAUGGCCGUCAUACCCUGGGUUGUUCUGAACAGAAUGAGUCUGAUGUUCAGCUACAAGGUGACAUGGCCGUCAUACCCUGGGUUGUUCUGAACAGAAUGAGUCUGAUGUUCAGCUACAAGGUGACAUGGCCGUCAUACCCUGGGUUGUUCUGAACAGAAUGAGUCUGUGAUGUUCAGCUACAAGGUGACAUGGCCGUCAUACCCUGGGUUGUUCUGAACAGAAUGAGUCUGAUGUUCAGCUACAAGGUGACAUGGCCGUCAUACCCUGGGUUGUUCUGAACAGAAUGAGUCUGUUUGAUGUACAGUCGUUAUUGUAUAAGUUAGUCAUCUUGGCAAUAUAAAAAGCUGACACAGAUUGUGAUUUAUAAUGGACCGUUUCUGGAUUGCAUAAAGAACAACGGUAAUUGUGUGAUGGCAAACAAAACAACGACAAGUUCCUCAACAGCACAGCUACAUAAGGAGAGCUCAAAAAAGCACCUUAUAGUUAGACUUCUUUUAAAGUUCAUUGAAAUUACUUUGGAACUGGGCACACUUUGGAGUUAGUUCUGUCACUCAAACCCCUGUCAUUGUUUGUCUUGUGUUGCACCUACCCCACAUUUUCCACAAAUAUUCUUAUAAUAUUGCUGAAUGUAUCCAGAAUAUUUUCAGAUUGCUGUGAAAAGUACAGUAAAUGUCAAAGGCACAUAAUAUCAACAGUGUGAUGUUUGCAUUCAGUAUUGUGUCCGGUGAACUGUUGUGUCCUUACCUUUUGGUCAGAUAAUUUCCACAUAACCUCCCAACUGUUCCCUUACAAUUGUACUGUACCAUGCUUAUGCAUAUGUAUUUCAUAUUUCUUCAUUAAGAAACAUUUCAAUUUAGCCCAACACCCACAAGUGUAAAGGGUUAAAACACAGUAUUCAAUGAUGAUUUAGUCAGGAGAAGCUAGCCAGAGGAUAUUGACACAUACACAGUAGCCAGGAUAAGCACUUAACAACUGUAGUAUUGUGCGUUGACUUACCCUAGUAGGAGAAAAUAGUGUGCAUUUGUAUAUUUAGUGAACUAACCUAAAUGUGAGUGUAAAAUAUACAUUUGUAUAAUUUAUUGGAGGUAUUUUUGUUCAGAACACAUCAUUUAUUGCAUGCAGAUCUUUGACCAUUUUCAUAAGUGAGAUUCAUUAAGUAAUGGCCUAAUGAGCAUCUACAUCCACCCUCAUCAUGAAAACUGUAUUGUAAAAUUAUUAGAACGUCUAAAUUGUUUCCCCUUAAGUCAUGGAAAAAUGUUGGCAGGAUGAUUGAUUCAGUAAUCUUCACCUGAAUUCUACCUAUACCUAAAAGCUAAAUGUAGCUUGACUUCCUGACUGUUUCAGUAUUUAAAAAAAGCUACCUCCAAAUACAGUAAGAAACAGACUGGUUCCCAGGCUACCAACAACCAGCUUCACAAGAAGGAUGAUUUCUGAACUACCUUAGUUCCUUGUAAGUUUCCUCUGCAGCAGCGACCUUUGACCUGACCCCGUGUUGUGACUCGUAACAGCUUUGUAUACUAUACAGUAGAAUGAUACAUUACUAACUUUGGGAUGAACCUGUUUGUGUUUGUCUGUAGAAUUUGUUCUUGUCAGAGUUGUUGUUGGUAAAAACAUCAUUAGAUGAUGUCAUGCACCCUAUUGUUUUGUAAACACUUACAUUUAAUGUGUUAUACAGCACAUGAACAAUAAACUCUUUUUUGGUUUUAUCUGAUGGUGGAUUACCUUUCGUGGGGCUGUCCUGUUUCCCCAAAAAUAAUUUGUGCUUUUUUAUUUAUAUAUUUUUUUAGUUGAACUCAAUUUUUUUUUUUUAAAUGGUGGAUAGCACAUAGUAAGAAGGUUAGCUAGACAAGCCAAAACAACUUCUGAGAAUUUAUGUUUAGGUAAAGGUAAAUGUCCUCUGUGACAGGGCUGCAGAUGCUCUCUCGGAAUCAAGAUAACAACCUGACUAGAUAAGUUCUAGUGAACAUUUUGUGUUCAUCAGAAAUACUGUUCUAGUUUCGCUUUCAGAAAACUCCAUAGAGUUGUCUUAUGACUCAGCGUAUUGUGAUCCUGAAGGGUCACCGUACUUUGACAAAACGUUGUUAUGCGAGCUCAGGAAAAUGGGCAUGUUCGAGUGAUAGCGGAUAAACUUGUAUCGUUGAUACAGAACAAAGUCUUGUUCUUCCAACACAACAGUAAAAAUGUAGUAGUGAAAAGACAAUUCAGCCUCUACACAGUUAUUUUUCAUCUCCUUGCAAAAAAAUAACUACCUAAAAAUGACAUUCUGCCCAUGCAGUGCUUCUGAACCGUGUUAUUCAGACAGCAUAUUCCAGUUCAUACUCCUCAAACCUUCGACUCUCAAAAACAUCUCAGUGUCCUUAUUCAUGUGUAUCCAUCUCAACUCAGUUACCCUUUGAACAUUUUUGAAAAACUUGAGAGAAGAGGAAAGUUUCACGACACUCUGCUAUAUUCUGGGAAACAAAAGGUAUUGUACAACACAUACAGUGCUGUGAAAAUGUCUCAGACCCCUUUCUGAUUUUUUUUUUCUAUUUUUGCAUAUUUCUGAUACUAAAUGUUAUCAGAAUGCAGUGUUGGGUUUUUGCCUGGCAUAAUGGGACCCAUGUCAUCCAUGAAGUUAUACUUUUGAUUCAUCUGUCCAUAGAACAUUCUUCCAAGAGUCUUGAAGAUCUUCCAGGUAGAAGGAACCAUGAUCUCUGCUCUGUAUCAGAUUUCUACAGGAGAAUGUCAGGCCAUCUGUCUGUGAGCUGAGCCUGAAGCGCAGCUGCGCCAUGCAGCAAGACAAUAAUCCUAAUGUCACGUUCUGUCCAUCGUUCGUAUGCGUUUUCCUUGUUUUAGUGUUGGUCAGGACGUGAGCUGGGUGGGCAUUCUAUGUUGUGUGUCUGGUUUGUCUAUUUCUAUGUUUGGCCUGAUAUGGUUCUCAAUCAGAGGCAGGUGUUAGUCAUUGUCUCUGUUUGGGAAUCAUAUUUCGGUAGCCUGUUUUGUGUUGGGUUUUGUGGGUGAUUGUUUCUGUCUCUGUUUUUGCACCAGAUAGGACUGUUUAGGUUUUCACUUUUCUUGUUUUGUAUAGUCUGUUCAUGUACAGUCGUCUUUAUUAAAAACAUGAAUAACCACCA